CUCCUCCCCACAAAUUCAGUUGACCAGCGUCGCAACUAAGCGAUGCACUUUCCAGACAGCUUCCCUAUGUACACACAAUAGACGGGGUUUUCAGAUGUUUUUAUUUGUAACUGAAAACUAACACUAGGCUAAAGUAGCUAAUCCUUAGCAGCAACACAUCGACGAGACAGAGGCGAUCCAGUUGGAUGAUUUUUACGCGCACUUAUUUCUUCCUCGCCUACGCCUAGGCAAAAGACAACCCUCGAAUAAUCGAUGGUAAGCGAGGCACACUCUUUGGAGAAGUUGAGUUGUGUCCAAGGAUCGCCUGGGAAAUAGAAGAGAGACGUCAGAAGGGAGUAGCAGAUCACGGAGAAGAGAGAUAACGGUCUGACACGUUCACCUCGGACGGCUUAAGAGUCGGGCGAGAGACCCCGGGGAGCCAUGCUGUCCUUAGACGAGCCCCUGGACCUGAAGCUGCCUUCAGGCAGGACCGACGGACACCUGAGGGCGGGCAAGAGGACCUGCUCGGCCUCCAUCUGUGCCCCGCUCAGCGCGGCACGCCAGCGUCUCUUACGCACCGCCUUCCCUUCUCCGCCCUCCUCCCCAGACUCCCGCUGCCCGUCACAAGAGCGACCCAGAUCCUGCUGCACCCCCCCAGCAAUGGAUCUCAGCCUGUCCCCCUCCAGCCGCCACCACACCUCCCCCUCUCCCUCCUGCUUCUCCCCCUGCCCCCCCUCCCCCACCUCCCCCCGGGGCUCCCCUCACAGCAGCAGCAGCCCUCUGCCCUCCCCCUUCUCCCGGGAGCCAUCCACUCAGCACUACAUCGAGGGAAGAGGGUCCCCUGUUGGCUAUCCCUUUUACCUGCCAAUCAAAGGCCAAGGGGGCGGUUAUAACUUCCCCUCCUCCGUGUUCAUCGGUCGGACCAGGGAAAGCCACGAGCUCUCAACGUUGGACGACCAAUUGGCCUGCCGCUGGAUGAAAUGCCACCUGCUCUUUGACACGCUUCAGGAGCUGGUGGACCACAUCAACGACCACCACGUGAAGCCUGAAAAGGAUUCUGGGUACUGCUGUCAGUGGGAGGGCUGUGCCCGCAACGGCCGAGGCUUCAACGCCAGGUACAAAAUGCUGAUUCAUAUCAGGACUCACACCAACGAGAAGCCGCACCACUGUCCAACCUGCCACAAGAGCUUCUCGCGCCUCGAGAAUCUGAAAAUACACACCCGCUCGCACACAGGAGAGAAGCCCUACAUCUGCCCCUACGAGGGCUGCAGCAAGCGCUACUCCAACUCCAGCGACCGCUUCAAGCACACGCGCACCCACUACGUGGACAAGCCCUACCGCUGCAAGAUGAGCGGCUGCCACAAGCGCUACACCGACCCCAGCUCCCUGCGCAAGCACAUCAAGGCCCACGGACACUUUGUGGCCCAGGAGCUGCGCCUGGCGGCCGGUCGGCCGGGGCCGCUGGCGGGCGAAGCGGCGGGGGGCCGAGGGUCCGCGUGGCAGGCCCACCGGGGGGCCCGGCCGGACGGCGGGGACGGGCCGUUCGUCGGCCGGACCCACGUCAUCAUGCCCGCGGCCGCGGCCGCCCUCCUGGGGGGGCUCGGCGCCUCGCUGCCGCUGUCGGCCCUCUGCCACGCGGGCGCCUUCGGGCGGUCGCCGGACUCCCGGCUCGCGGGGGGAGGGGGGCUGAGCCUGAGCGACUCCCUCCGGAGCCCCGUGGGGCUCUCGGCUGCUUCCCUGCUGGGACUGCACCCCCCGCUGGUAGCCAGGGGGGGAGCGGGUGAGGAGGGGGAGGGGAAGGAGCAGGGGAGGCGGGAGGCUAGGGUGUUCAACCUAUCAGUGGGGAUGGGGGGCCGAGUGGGAGACACCCUCCCGUGGCUCAUGGUUCCUCCCUCUGCCUUCCUCCUGAGGCCGGUUGUUGGCAGCUAGGGAUGUGUCUGUGUGUCCGUCUGUGAGUGGACGUGUGUGCGUGAGAGUCUGUGUUUUUGAGUGUGAGUGUGUGUGUGUGUGUGUGUGUGUGUGUGUGUGUGUGUGUGUGUGUGUGUGUGUGUGUGUGUGUGUGUGUGUGUGUGUGUGUGUGUGUAUUUGCAUGUAUUGAGGUUAGGUGUGUGGAGUGACUUUUUACAACAAAAACAUUCCACUGAAAGUCCGAAGAACCACCAACAUGCAAAUCACGACCGCCUCCAGCCUAUGACAGCAGUGGAUUAUCUUUGUUCACCAUGCCAGAAAUUUUGCUUUGUGGAACCUAGAUUUUAUUAGAAUCUAGCAUCUACCCUAAUGAAGGGUGCCAUCUUUCAUUGCAUUAUAUUAUAGGUUUAAUUUUACUUGCAAGCAAGUAAAACCACUACAGACAGUAGGCUCAGUUAUAAUGGAAUGAGUCAGAGGGUUGGUUGGAACAUAUUAUUAAUAGUUAUAAUAGUAAUAAUAAUAAUUAUAAUAAUAACAAUCAAGCAAACUAUGGAAAUGACUUUGGUACAUUCAUGCAGACCUAUUUUAACGUUAUGAAUCAAAUGUUGAAAAAAGAAAAGUUAAAUCAUUCAGACCUAUGAGCUAUAGUGGAUGCCGUGAUGAAUGUCAACCUUAAUCACCAUUACCACAUCAUCAAUCUUUUUGAUCGCUGAUCAGGGAUCAGUGGGGACCAACCGUUCCGAAAGAAAACUCGGGAUGCACAGUUAAUUCUGUCCUAUCGACAAAGAUCUGUACCAGAUCUGCAUAACUUUUUAUUUUUCUUUCAGAGGUCGCCAAGCCUCAUGUCUGCUUCAGCCCUGUGUGAUGGGGGAUUGUGCAUACGCAUUGGCCUGAAUGCUGUACAUACUCUGCCAUACUAUAUUUAGACGCACAAUCGGAAGCUACACAGUGCUUUCAAAAGCCCUGCCAAAAAAACGUAUAUUAGAAAAACACAAACAUCUGAUGUACUGUCUUUUGUAAUAUAUUAUAAUGUAAUACAUUUCAGACAAUGGCCACAUCCGGCCAGUACGAAAGGAUUUAUCAUAUCUUAUUGUUUGCACAUUGACAUAUUUGAACUAAUCAGUAUUCCAAGUGUUUUUAGUGCCUUGUGUUAAACACUGCCGUCAGCGUAUGAGGUACUAAGGUAUGUACUGUACAUGUAAAGGUCCAAAAAAUGUAAGCUCCUUCUUUCUAACCAAUGACAAGUUUGAUUCAUACAUCAUUGCCACUGCAUCUCCUCCUUUAAAUAACAUUUUUGUUAAGACGUCCAUGAUGACGACAAUGACUUCCAGUAUGUCAAUAAACACAUGGGAAAUAAUCUUUUCUUAGA